AUGAGCUCCACGCAGUCAAACUCCUCUGCAAAUGUGACCUUUGUUCGUCCUGCAACAUUUUUCAUCAACGGCUUUUCUAAUAUCCCACAUAUGAAAUACUACUAUGUGUUCUUGUCUUUGGUGUAUGUUGUGACUCUUUUAGGGAAUUCAUUUAUCAUGUGUAUUAUUUAUUUGGCCCGCAGACUUCACACACCCAAAUACAUUGCUGUUUUCCAUCUGGCCCUUACUGAUCUGUGUGGAAGCUCGGCUGUGAUUCCAAAUAUCAUUGACACAUUUUUGUUUGACCACCAUGUAAUUUCAUAUGAAGUGUGCUUGGCAAAUAUGUUUUUUGUGUAUCAUUUCAUGAACAUGCAGUCUUUAACAAUACUUGUCUUGGCUUAUGACAGACUGGUUGCUAUUUGUUUUCCUCUACGGUAUCAUGCCAUUGUAACCAAAACAGCCAUGUUUCUUAUCAUAGGCGUAAUGUGGAGUUUUUCUGUGACAUAUUUUUCUGUAUAUAUAGGUUUGGUGAAUAGACUCUCUUUUUGUGUAUCAAAUGUGAUUGAUAGUUAUUUUUGUGAUUAUGGCCUUAUCUAUAAACUAGCUUGUAAUGAUAAUUCUAUAAAUAUUAUGAUGGUAAAAAUAAAUUUUGGUCUCCUGAUUUGCACACCACUGAUACUGAUCUUGAUCUCAUAUUUCUGCAUUGCUCUGGCUUUGCUUAAGAUUGCUCAUGGUGCUGAACGGAUAAAAGCAAUGAAAACCUGCACCUCACAUCUCAUGUUGGUGACAGUUGGUUAUAUCCCAAUUUUAAGCAAUAAUAUUGCAGUCUUAACAACACCAAUAAAUCCGAACACCCGGUUAAUUAACAAUUGCUUGACACAGACAAUAACACCUAUGUUGAAUCCUAUCAUAUACACUCUAAAGACAGAGGAAGUCAUGCAAUCCAUUAAAGAACUGUACAAACGAAACAAGGUGAACACUACAAAAAGAAUGACAUUUAGUAGGAGAAACUCAAAACAAAAAAAUCAGGUCUGAACCUAAUCAGCUGUGAUCAUUCAACAAAUAUCUAAUUUAACAGAGUUGAUUGAUUUUGAAUGUUUUGAGUUUUGUAGAAGUUGUGUUGUAAACAGGCCAAAUAUUUUUGAAACCUCUGGGCUGAAACCUAGUAAAGCUGCUUUGUGAUUGCUUCCUUUGUACAAAACAAUAUAUAAAAAAGUUCAGUUAAGAUUCUAUAAUAAAGCAUUGAAAAUAUUCACAUUUUCAUACAGUGAUUUAAGCUUCACUAUGAGUCAAAUAAAAUAACUUUUUUUUUGUUACAUUUGCUCUAUAUAUAGUAAAAGUUAAAAAAAAAAAAAAAAAAAGCUUCUGCAUACUGUUUGUUAUCCUUGUGAACAGAUAUAUUUACACUUCGGAAUAUAUUGAUGUCUUGAAUGAAGCAUUUGUUUAAGUUCUGACUGUGACCCACAGACAUUUUCUGAAUUGAAUAUCCAGGGAUCAACUUGUUUUAAGAGUGAUCCCAGUUGUUGUAAUGCAAGCAUGUGUUUCAAUGAACUAA